AAGAAACCGUGCGCACCGAAGUCCUUGAUACCCUCCGACCAAUUUCUUUCUUCUCUUCCUUUUCUACUUUUAAGUCCUUCUGUGAGGGACGUUUUCUUGUCGAUGGGGGGAAAUGUGAUGGAAUGCAAGCGGGCGAUGUAUUUUUAUUCCCUUGGCUAUUUCCACCUUUUCUCUUCUCUUUUCUUUGCUUCUUCUUCUUUUUCAUUUCUUCUCUUCUUUUCCUUACUCACGUAUGGAAAACUCUUUUUCAGGUUUAAAGGUGAAGGUGGCUUCACGGUAUAUACUGCUGGAGCAGUCGGGUAUAUGGGAAUUGCAAUGUAAGGAUAGGCUAUGUAUGAGAACAUGAUAGAAGACGUCAAAAUUAGACACUACGAGACAUGUUUUUGGAUAGCCACUUUUGCUCGUAU